ACAGACUUGUUUGAAACAUGAAAAAAAACGAAUUAAGUUUAAAGGGAUUUAAACGUGCUGAGAACAAUCUGCUGCGUAAACUGAAUAGUGCGUUUUUGAAAAAUUAUCCUCAUCAUGUAAUGCCAGGUUACAACUUGAAUAGGUCACCAUGUAAUGAGACAUGGGAUGAGGAAAGUGCUCAGGGGCUUUAUCAAGAAUUUCCAUAUAAUUGUGAUUUACCAAAGCCAUUAUUGCCACCAGCAAAGUUGUCAAGAACAGUGCUAAGCGAAGAAGAUCCAGCGUUGCAACUUCUUACUUUGAAAAACCACUUAAAGGAUGAUACAAAUAGGCUAAUGAAUUACUAUGAAAGACAUAAAAAUGAAUUUGAAAAACUACACAAGAAAAAAAUUAAGUGGAAGAGUAACACGGCAAAUGUACCUAAAUAUAUUGCAAACUUAGCAGAAUUGCUUGAUAUGGAACCGGAUCCUUAUUUCGAAGGGACUUACAAUUGGUAUUAUACUGGUGGAUGUUUAAACUAUGUUGAGCUAAAUAAUUGGGAUGUUUUAUUAUUUCCAUUCAUGGGAGAUUUAGUUGCUGCACAUACUAUCUCCAUGGAAGAUUUUACAUGGAAGCCAUUGCUACAAAAUUCAGCUAAAUGUAAAUUACAUGGAUUGCUGUAUGAAAUUAGGCAAUGCAAGCUUACUGAUACAUGUAAAAUUUUGGGAAGACAUAAAGAUCAAUGUACUCUUUAUACACUGUCCAAUUCUGAGAAUCAUCUGCUGCUUAAUGAAAUUCACACGCAAGCAUCAAAAGUGCCAUAUGUCAGUGCUGAUUUGAGUUUAACUAAUAUUAAUUAUCAUUGUACACUAAACGCAGAAAGAAUGCUGUACUUAUGGGAUAUAAAUAAACCGAAUUAUAUUAGCAAUGGUUCUUUAGUACAAGACAAUGCAACUCAUACACAUGAUGCUUGGGGGUGUAUAAGAUUCCAAGAAACUGAUCCAAACGUUUUGAUUUAUGUAAACAGAUGUUGCUUGCAUUAUCUUGAUACCAGGACUACUCUUGAUCGAGCAUGUCUCACGUUAUGUCCGAAAUUUAAUUUAGAAAACUGCGAGAGUUUGUCGAUAGAAGUACCAAGUAAACACAAUUGUUGUCGUUAUUUAGGCACUUAUCAUUCCUUUUUAAUGUGCGAUAAUCGUUCUCCAAAGCAGUGCGUACGGCAAAAAUGGACGCACCAGUUCAAAGAUACUCCGCUAUUGGCAGCUGUAACUAACAAUGACGACAAGGAAAUCAUUAUUCUAUCAACUCAAAAAGCUGGCGAGAAUGCAAUAAUUUUAAACACAUGGAUGAAUGAGGAAGAGUCUCAUUCAUUUAAUUUACCCUUCACACCUCCAUACAUUGCAGAAACAUUAAAUGAAUCUCAAAUGCAGGGAAUGUGCUUAAAUCCGUAUUUACAGAGCAGAUUUGAAUUAUGUAAUGUUGGUAGCGCAUUAGUCACAAAUGCAAAGAAAGCAGGAGUAUCCUUCUUUGUACAAAAUUCUAUUGGUGAUAUAUUUUAUCAAUGUAUAACACACGAAGACGUAUUGGAUAAAUAUUCUCCCAUAAACAACAAAGCGUGUUAUGUGUUGGAUGUGUGGGAAAAAGCUUUAUCAGCUCAAGCUGAACCGCUAGUACCUUUAUCUUUUACUGACAAGUGCAGUAUGCAAUAUAUAUAUGAAAAUUUUACAAAUAACAAGUUCAGCUAUCGUUCAAGAUCCACUAAAGAAAAUACAAACGAUGAUUUUGAGCCAACCUGGAAACAAUCGUUAGCUGCAUUGGGAUCAUACAUAGAUCUGUUAGCACCAGAACUUCUUUCCGUUUGGGAAAUACGUGAAGAAGUACCCGUACCAAGAACGGGAUCAAAUCAGAAAGUUUUGAAUUGGUUGGAAUCUUCAACUUUGAAUCAUCCAGCCACACAAUCACAGGAUAUAAUUGAUCAUAUUCCUACUCCUAUCAAUACUGAAGAAUUGAUUAAUGUUCCACAAGAAUACGAUCUUAUGGACAUUGACGAUAGUAGUAUGCUGCAAGAUAUGCUCUUACCGAAAGUUAAAUCAAACUAGCAAUAUAAAGCGUGUUUGAACAAUUUACAUAAA